GCCUGUUGAACAACAACAGUUUCUUAAAUAUAUAUUUGUCUAUGUAAAUAAAUUUUAUUGCCAUUUCUGUGGCCAUUUACACCAUGGAUAAUGAACUAAGUCGCGGCUAUGAAGGCGCCAAAUCAAAAGCAGCGUCUCCAUCGAGCGACAGCAGCAGCUCCGGUGAUGACGAUGAGUUUGAGCUAGCCGAGAACUCACGACGCAAUGGCAUGCGCUUCUCCAGCAUUGAGGAAUUCCUGGCCAGCUUGAAUACGGCAACGACAGCAGUGGACUCGCUCAAGGGACUGCAGAGUCUAAGCCUGGAGAGCUACAAGGCCUGCAUGCAAACCAAAUCGCCAGCUGGCGAGCAGUUGAAGAUCAAGGAGCCGGAGCCAACUGUUGGCAAAGCAAAGUUUUCAAAUUAAAAACGCUUAAGCGCUUAUAAACAAAUUUAUGGAACUUUAUUGAGGCAAGUGAAAGGCGUUUGACGCUGUUGUCAAUUUAUAAAAAGUUUGACAGCUCGUUUUGCAUAUAAAUUUAUUAUUGAACUUAUUUCUUAUGCUUUGAUUUAUGUGUAAAGUCGCCAGCCAGCCAGCCAGCCCACAAAUGCUAAUUGAGCUGUUUAUCGAUUUGUUAACAACAAUAACAAGCCACAGUAACUCGAACAAUGCGCACAUUAAACAGCAACAAUAACAACAAUCUGCAUGUGCCAGCCACUCAAUUUUUAUGGACUAUUAAAAUUGUGUCAAAAUGUGUUUGAAAUAUUUUAUUGUUAAUUAUAUG